AUGUCGAGCGACGGCGACGAUGUGCAAGGACAAGCGCAAGCGCCGAAGGCGCCGACUUACAAUGAACUUAUCGCGCUCAUUGAUAAAUUGCAGGCGAGAUUAUUGUCCAACAAGUCUGACGACGGGGACGCGAAUAACCAUGAACAAAAUCGAUCGGUAUCAGAGUUAAGUACGCGCCAACCCGCGUUGGAUUUUCGUGUUUUACCAGACCUGGACAAAACGGUAGGAGUGUUCAAUGGUCGCGAAUCGACACAUGCGGCCGCCGACUGGCUUACAUCAGUCGAAGGUGUGGCUGAUUUAAAUUGUUGGCCGUUCGCAUACCGGUUACAGUUUGUACGUGCAAACGUACAGGGUGCAGCCAGAGAUUGGUUCGUAGGCCGUACGUUUCAGAAUUGGCCGGAUUUCAGAACACAAUUUAAUGCGACGUUUAUACGCACUGUACGCAUGUCUGAUCGCUGGGACGCGUUGCGUAGGCGAAAUCAGAACAAGGAUGAACAUUCAAUGGACUACUUUCAGUCGAAGGUGAGACUGUGCCGCGAUCUCUCGCUGACGUUCGACGAAGUACGGGACCAUGUGAUUCAAGGUCUGCAUUCACGUGAAAUGGCCAUGUAUGCCCUGUGCAGAGUGCAUAAGGAUGAAAAUGAUUUGUUGGCGGACAUAUUAGACUGGGAGCGGAUGGACUCGCUGAGAAAAACGGACACGAAGUCGGAUCGACCUGUCAAGUACAAAGAUUUGAACAAAACAAGUGAGCAACGAAGUCAGUCGACAGGCGACUUGCAGAAGGACAAAAGAACUUGGAGGCGCGCAGUUCCGGUUGGAGACAAGGCGGUUGCCGCUACGUCGAGCCAAGAGAGCAAGGUGACCGAGAAGGUGACUGAUGAUGUCGAGCGCGGCAGUUGUUUCAACUGUCACAAGGUAGGGCACCUUUCCCGUGACUGCCCAACAAAACGAAAACCAAUGACAUGUUUUCGCUGUGGCACUGCUGGCCAUAUGGUGACGAAUUGUCCAACCCGGCAGCAAGUCAGCAUUGUUGCUGAGCAGAAGAAUGUGGAAGCGCGUCAUCCGUACCAGAAGGUUGGAGUUGUGAACGACUGUGAGUUUGUCGCACUAUUGGAUACAGGUAGUCAUUUCACAUUGUUUAAGUCGACGCUUGCAAUUAAGUGCGGGGUAAGCGUCCGACCAUUUGUAAAACCGCUGUAUGGUGUUGGCAGCACGGUUGUGCCUGCUCUCGAGACUGUCGGGGAGGCAGUGAUCGAAAUAGUGAUUGAUGGAGUCAACGCCGGACCAGUAGUUACACUAAUCGUACCUGACAACGUUCAGGGACCCGAUGCCAUUAUAGGGAGGAACUGGUUAGAUUCACCUGCGAUAUCGUAUUAUAAAUCUGGUAGUCAACUAGUAAACUAG